UUUUUCAGUUCAGUGCCCAUUAUCCGCCGAUCAUCGUCAGUCAUCGUUUGCAAGGGGAGCAUUGGUGCCCUCGCUCAUUCCCUUCAAGGCUUCCUGCGGCUCGUGCGCUAUGAACGCGUUGCGUAAAACUACAGCAAUCCUCCACCGCAACGUUGGACGGCGCUUCUCCUCCACGUUCGGUGUAGUCUUCGACGUCGAUGGUGUGUUACUGCGUGGCAAAACUCCAAUCCCAGGCGCUCGAGAGGUGCUGCUAGAGCUGGAAGCGACCAACACUCCGUUCGCCAUCAUGACGAACGGUGGUGGCUACCCUGAGGACAAGAAAGCUCGCCAGAUCGAACAGAUCUUGGGCGGUGGCGUGUCUGUCCCCACCGAACGCAUGUGCAUGAGUCACACGCCGAUGCGCGAACUCGCACACAAACACCGUGACGAGCUGGUGCUGGCUGUCGGUAAGGACUGCGCUGAGAUCCGCAAAGUUAUGGCCAACUACGGCUUCAACCACGUGAUCACUGUAGACCAAUUACACCGCCAUUUCCCCCCAAUGUACCCGGACGUCAAGGUGCAAGACCCUCUGAACCACGACGGACGCUUCGACUCCCAGCCAUUUGCGGCCAUAUUUGUGCUCAUUGACCCCAUAUAUUGGGGACGAGAGCUGCAGAUUACCAUGGACGUAUUGUGCUCGCCCAAUGGACUACUGGGCCAACGCACAGUGGAGGGAGAUGGCAAGGGCGAACGCCAACACAUCCCUCUUUACUCGGCGUGCUCGGAUUUCCAGUAUGUAGGAGAGUUCCACCUGCCACGCUACGGCGCAGGAGCGUUCCAUGCAGUACUGGAGGAUUUAUUCACCCGUACGACGGGCCAUAAACUGGAGAAAACGCUGUUCGGGAAGCCUCAACGCACGUCGUUCGAGUUUGCUGAGACGCUCAUUGAUGCACAACAUGAAGACGUGGAACGCAUUUACAUGGUGGGGGACAACCCAAAGACGGAUAUUCGUGGGGCUAAUGAAGCUGGUGGCAGGUGGAAGUCGGUGCUUACCCUCACGGGCAUGCACGUUGGACCUGAGAACCACGAGGAACACCCGGCGUAUGAAGUUGUAGACGACGUGGCACAGGCGCUGGCCUUCAUCAAAGAGGACUUUGCUAAGAUGCAGGCGGAGAAGAAGUAAAUGAGGCUGAAGAAUAGUAGGCUGUUGCCUAGAUCUCCUAGAAUUGGUGUCAAAGAGGAUCUUAUCUUUUGUGGUUACUGACAUGUGAAUUGCACAGUGACAUGGUUUGUUUUCUCCAGAUUUUUCCUAUACAUUGAUCUUCACCGAAAAUUAGACC